AUGAAGCGUAACAAGCAUCGUGCUAAGGAUGAUGGCAAAGGUCAAGAUGAAGCAGCCAUUCUGGAGACAGAAGAUAUGAGGAUGCCCGACCCUGACACGAUCUCACUGGCAUCAGUGACUGCUGUCACAACCAAUGUCUCCAAUAAGAGAUCAAAGCCUGACAUCAAGAUUGAGCCUAGUGCUGGAAGACCAGUGGAUUUCCAAGUUAGUGUCACUGUUGUAGAAGCAAGACAGCUGGUGGGUUUGAACAUGGAUCCAGUGGUGUGUGUAGAAAUUGGCGAUGAUAAAAAGUACACGUCAAUGAAGGAGUCCACCAACUGCCCUUACUAUAAUGAGUACUUUGUUUUCGACUUCAAUGUUCCUCCUGAUGUCAUGUUUGACAAGAUCCUCAAAGUGUCUGUUAUUCACUCUAAAAAUCUUUUGCGGAGCGGAACUCUGGUUGGAAGCUUCAAAAUUGACGUGGGCACAGUAUAUUCACAACCUGAACACCAGUUCUUCCACAAAUGGGCCACUUUGUGUGACCCUGAAGACAUCACUGCAGGUUGUAAAGGCUACGUCAAGUGUGACAUUGCAGUUGUUGCAAAGGGCGACACUAUUAAAACCCCACACAAAGCAAAUGAGACAGAUGAGGAUGACAUUGAGGGGAAUCUUCUGUUGCCAGAAGACGUCCCAUCUGAACGUCAAUGGGCAAGAUUCUAUGUGAAAAUAUACAGAGCCGAGGGGUUGCCCAAAAUGAACACCAGCAUUAUGGCUAAUGUCAAAAAAGCUUUCAUUGGAGAAAAUAAGGACUUGGUUGAUCCAUAUGUCCAAGUGCAAUUUGCAGGACAGAAGGGGAAAACAUCCAUUCAGAAGAGCAGUUAUGAGCCCAUCUGGAAUGAACAGGUCGUUUUCACAGAGCAGUUUCCACCUUUGUGCCGGAGAAUGAAGCUGCAGGUCCGAGACUCAGAUAAAGUAAAUGACGUGGCCAUUGGAACACAUUUCAUUGACCUGCAAAAGAUCGCUAAUGAUGGAGACAAAGGCUUUCUCCCCACUCUGGGGCCAGCUUGGGUCAACAUGUAUGGUUCAACACGGAGCUACACUCUCAUGGACGAGUACCAGGACCUGAAUGAAGGACUAGGGGAGGGGGUGUCAUUCCGGGCUCGGCUGUUGGUCAGUCUGGCCGUGGAGAUACUGGACACCUCCUCUCCUGAUGUUAUGAGCUCCACAGAGGUGCAGGUGGAGGGGAUACCCAACAUCUCAGAUACUAUCACAGGAAAGAUUGAGGAAUUCUUUCUCUUUGGGUGUUUUCUUGAGGCCACCAUGAUUGACAGGAAGAUUGGAGACAAGCCCAUCAAUUUUGAGGUUACAAUAGGAAACUACGGCAGUGAAGUUGACACUCCAACCAAACCAAAAACCAAGAAGAGUAAAGGAGGAGAUGGAGAUGAGGAGUCAGAGCUCAUUCACGGCUCCAGUGAUGAAGAGGUUGAUGAUGAUGGAGAGAUGACGUCAGUGUCCACCACGCCUCCAAUGAAACCCGUCAUCACUGACAGAAACUAUUUCCAUCUCCCUUAUUUUGAGAGAAAACCCUGUAUCUAUAUCAAGAGCUGGUGGCAAGACCAGAGAAGGCGACUUUAUAAUUCCAACAUCAUGGACAACAUCGCAGAUAAAUUGGAAGAAGGAUUAAAUGAUGUGCAGGAGAUCAUUAAUACAGAGAAGGCUUAUCCUGAGCGUAGACUCAGAGGUGUCCUGGAGGACCUGAGCAGCGGCUGCAGUACCUUUGUAACACUGGCAAACAACGACCAAAAUCAGGCUGGGAGGACAAAACUGGACCGCGAGAGGCUGAAGUCAUGCAUGCAGGAACUGGAAAACAUGGGCCAACAAGCCAAGACGAUGCGAUCACAAGUUAAGAAAAUCAACGUGAGAGACAAAAUUAAACUGGCACAGAACUUCCUCCAAAAGCUGAGAUUCCUGUCUGAUGAGCCUCAACAUAGCAUUCCAGAUAUUUACAUAUGGAUGAUGAGCAACAACAAGCGCAUCGCAUAUGCUCGCGUUCCCUCCAAAGACAUUCUCUUCUCCUCUGUUGAAGAAGAGACCGGGAAGGAUUGUGGGAAGGUCCAGACAAUCUUUUUCAAGCUCCCUGGCAAGAAGAGUUUUGGGCCUGCAGGCUGGACUGUACAAGCCAAAACUGAGCUGUAUCUGUGGCUUGGCCUGAACAGGCAACGUAAGGACUAUUUGAGUGGACUACCAAACGGGUUUGAGGAGAAUAAGGUGGUCAAAGGGCCUGGAAUUCACGCCUCACCCCCCAUCAGCUUGAUCUACUCCAUGAAGCAGAUCUUCCAGUUGAGGGUGCACAUGUAUCAGGCGCGCAGUCUGUUUGCGGCGGACAGCACCGGCCUUUCAGACCCUUUCGCCAGAAUUUUCUUUUCUACUCACAGUCAAGUUACAGAGGUUUUGAAUGAGACUCUGUGUCCUACCUGGGAUCAGCUGCUGGUGUUUGAUAAUGUGGAGCUGUACGGUGAAGCAGGUGAGCUCAGAGACGAUCCGCCGAUAAUCGUCAUUGAGGUCUACGAUCAGGACACUGUUGGUAAAGCUGAUUUCAUGGGCAGGACAUUCGCUAAACCUUUAACCAAGAUGUCUGAUGAGCAUUAUGGUCCACCACGCUUCCCUCCUCAGUUAGAGUAUUACCAGAUCUACCGCGGUAACUGCACUGCUGGGGAAAUGCUCGCUGCAUUUGAACUUCUGCAGAUUGGACCAGCUGGAAAGGCUGACCUGCCCCCCAUAGACGGACCUACAGACAUUGACCGUGGCCCAAUCCUUCCUGUUCCUAUCGGCAUUAGACCUGUCCUGAGUAAAUACAGAAUUGAGGUUCUCUUCUGGGGUCUAAGAGACUUGAAGCGAGUGAAUCUGGCUCAAGUGGAUCGCCCUCGUGUGGACAUCGAGUGCGCAGGGAAGGGCAUUCAGUCAGCGCUCAUUCAGAACUACAAGAAAAAUCCCAAUUUCAGCACUCUGGUCAAGUGGUUUGAAGUGGAUUUGCCUGAAAAUGAACUUCUUCACCCUCCUUUGAACAUUCGGGUGGUGGACUGUAGGGCGUUCGGUCGUUAUACUCUGGUCGGCUCUCAUGCAAUCACAUCUCUACGCAAGUUCAUUUACAGACCAGCAGACAAAAGCGUCUAUAACUGGUCUGCUAUGGAAGAGGUUGUGAUCCACACAGAACCAGAACCAGCUGUGAAGAAGAUGGAGACCAUGGUCAAACUGGACUCAGCCUCUGAUGCGGUGGUUAAAGUUGAUAUGUCAGAUGAUGAGAAAGGUGGUAAAGGGAAAAAGAAGCGUAAGAAGGGCGAAGAGGUGGAGGAAGAAGAGCUGGAUGAGAGUAUGCUGGACUGGUGGUCGAAAUACUUCGCCUCCAUCGAGACACAAAAAGAGAUCAUUAAAGUUCAAGAAGCAGAAGCCGAAGAGAAGGAAGAUUUUGAGUCUGGAGAGGGAGGGACCAAGAAGAAGAGAGGAAAGGACAACAAGAAUAAACGUGAGGCUGGAGAGGGCGUACCAGAGAAGAAGAAGCAAAAAAUUGAAGAGCUGAAGGUGUACAACAGAGAGCUUGAAAGUGAGUUUGACAGCUUCGAGGACUGGCUUCACACUUUUAACCUGUAUCGAGGGAAGUGUGCGGACAAUGCUGAUGUUGAGCAGAAUGCAGCAGAUGAAGACAGACUUAUUGGCAAAUUCAAGGGCUCCUUGUGUAUCUACAAAUGUCCCAUGUCGGAUGAAGUGUCCAGAGAAAUGGGCUUCGAUUCCAACAUGGGCAUGUUCCAGAAUAUUCCACACAACGAUCCUGUCAGCGUCCUUGUCCGAGUCUAUGUCAUCAGGGCAACAGAUCUGCACCCUGCAGACAUCAAUGGGAAGGCAGAUCCAUACAUCGCCAUUAAACUCGGAAAUACAGACAUCAAGGACAAAGAGAACUACAUCUCUAAGCAACUCAACCCUUUGUUUGGAAAGUCUUUUGAUAUUGAAGCAAAUCUCCCAAUGGAUUCGACUCUCACUGUAUCCAUCUACGACUGGGAUUUGUUGGGAACUGAUGAUCUGAUCGGGGAGACCAAGAUUGACCUGGAAAACCGCUACUACAGCAAACACAGGGCGACGUGUGGUGUCAGCUCCAGCUAUGCCAUUCAUGGCUAUAAUGUGUGGAGGGAUCCAAUGAAGCCAUCGCAAAUCCUUGGCAAACUCUGUAAAGAUUGCAAAAUGGAUGCACCGCAUUACGGCCCAGGAGGAAGAGUGAAAGUGGCAAACAGAGUUUACACCGGACCCACUGAAAUCGAGGAUGAAAAUGGAUUGAAGAAACAGACGGAUGAGCAUCUGGCACUUGCGGCACUAAACCACUGGGAGGAUAUUCCACGGAUAGGCUGCAAACUUGUUCCAGAGCAUGUUGAGACGAGACGUCUCCUGAAUCCUAAUAAACCCGGGAUCGAGCAGGGGAGAAUUGAGAUGUGGGUGGACAUGUUUCCAAAGGAUAUGGCGGCACCCGGACCUGCUCUGGAUAUUUCACCAAGAAAGCCGAAGAAUUUUGAGCUCAGAGUGAUCGUGUGGAAUACAGAUGAGGUCGUUCUGGAGGAUGAUGAUAUCUUCACGGGGGAAAAGUCCAGUGACAUAUUUGUUAGAGGAUGGCUCAAAGGCCAGCAGGAGGACAAACAGGACACAGACGUCCACUAUCGCUCGCUGACCGGAGAGGGCAACUUCAACUGGCGCUUCAUUUACCCCUUUGAUUAUCUACAAGCAGAAGAAAAAAUCGUCAUCUCCAAGAAAGAGUCCAUGUUUUCAUGGGAUGAGACAGAGUAUAAAAUUCCUGCCCGACUGAAUUUACAAGUGUGGGAUGCGGAUCAUUUCUCUGCUGAUGACUUCCUGGGCGCAAUUGAACUAGACCUGAAUCGAUUUCCUCGCGGGGCAAAGACAGCAAAGCAGUGCUCUAUUGACAUGGUCCUCAAUGAGCAGGACAUGCCAAUGGUGAACCUAUUUAAACAGAAGAGAAUUAAAGGAUGGUGGCCGUUUGUGGCCCGAGAUGAAAAUGACGAGAUGGAAAUUACAGGGAAAGUAGAAGCAGAGCUGCAACUGCUGACGGGUGAGGAGGCCGAGAAGAGUCCUGUUGGUGAAGGACGGAAUGAACCAGACCCCCUCGAGAAACCAAACCGUCCCGACACUACAUUCCUGUGGUUCCUUAGCCCGCUAAAGGCAAUCCACUAUCUCAUCUGCAAGCAAUACAAGUGGCUGGUCAUCAAAAUUGUGUUGGCACUGCUGGUUCUUGCCAUUUUGGCACUGUUCCUCUACAGUAUGCCUGGCUAUAUGGCAAAGAAACUCCUGGGAGUCUGA